GUCAUGACGUAGGAGCACGUACCGAAGCGCUCGAGCGAUAGUUACAUUGAAGGCUUUUGUAGUUUCAGAUAAUGAACUACAUUGUUUUAUUCGGAUCGGAGCUUUCGCGUCUUCUUUCAUCUCCAUAAAAGCGUUGAAAACGAAAUGCCGGAUUAGCGGUUGAAUCGGUUUGUACCGGGAUUAGACAUUGUGCGAAUUGGAUCCGACUUUCUCUCCGGUUGUUUACACGGGACUGUAGUGUGAACAGGAGAAAUGCUCUUACUGUAGGAUAAGCUUUUGAUUUAUUUUGUCGAAAGAAAAGAUAUCUUCCUAUCCGCUCUGGAAAUGGCUGAAGCAAGAGUUGAGGAUGAAGAGGAGACUUUUAGAGAGACGCGAGAGGCCGGCGGCACGAGACGAAACGCUCGAGCGCCCACCGCGGCUUCAGAUCGAGCAGAUAGGAACAAGCCUGAACAACGUCAGUCCAGCACGCAGGGAGCGCUCUCGUCGAUCAGAGCUGUUAUAAAACGAACGUCCACCAGAACAGCUGCUCCGACCGACCAAACCAGAGAGAGACGGCGUCCAGAGAUCACCAUUCUCGCAGCUGAACCCCUGGCUUCAAACUCCUGGUUUCCAGGGACAUCCGGGGCAUUUCCUAUGGCUCCGCCCCCUGCUCAACCGCCCUGGACCGGUUCUGUUACAGUAGAGCUUCCGCCACCUUCAUACGAACAGGUGAUUCGAGAGAAAAGCCGGGAGCAGAAUACCCACUCGUCCUCGGUCUCUUCCUCCGCCUCCGCCUCCGCCUCAUCACCCUCCUCCUCAUUAUCAUCCUCCUCUUCAUCCUCUGCUCCUCGUCACACUGCCACCAUCUCCACACAGACCGAUCCGGAGGCUUCUGAGCCGCAGAGCUGUACCAAACCCUCCACGCGCCGGCCCCCAAAACCGCCUCGUCCGUCCUUCCCUCUCGCUCCUAAACCUGCUGAGCCGGUACUCUCCCACACACUCUCUUUGAUCGAACUGGAUGAGCCUGACCCACCCUGUUCGUCACACACUCCAACACACCCUCCUAGUGGCGAGCAGUGUGGCAUUCAGACUGACUUCACGUCUGCAUUGAAGCCCUUGACUCCUAUUAUUCUUGACACCUCCCUUAUUACCAAUAAAACUCAAUCUCAGGCCUCAGGGAAACAGGAGGUUCCAGCACGCCCCAGGCCGCGCCCUCGCUCCAAAGCGUUUCUGCCAUCAGUGAUUAAAGAGGAGGUUCAGGAUCAUCCAACAACAAGAGAGGUCAAAGUUCAGACCUUGGUGCGUCUUAAAGACAAUGGCACCGAAAGCGUUUUUGCCGGUUUUACUGAAACGUCUUUAGACACCACAUCAAACAAGUAUCUACAGGACUUGUUGGAUGUCUUCGGUUGUGAUGAACCAGCCAUCAGAGGCGAACAACAUGAUGAAAGUGUCCCUAAUAACAAGAACGCUGAAGAGGAAAGCGUCACUUUGGAAAGAUGCUCGGUUUCCAUGGUUGCAGCCGAAUCUUUGGAAACAAGACCAGAACCACGACCAAGAACCCAGAUUCCCAAACAACGCAUCUCCAUAAAACCAAUACCGAGUGUGGAGGAGACCGUAACAUCUUCAGAAGAACAAAAUAAUCCAGUGGUUCAUCCACUUCCUGCUCCCAGACCUCUAGUGAAAAAGGUGUUCGUGUCCCAGGAUCAGGGUUCCUCAGAGGAGAAGAGCGAACGUUGUCCACCCCGUCUGCCCCCUAGACCUGCGCUAGCUGUACGGGGGUCUGGAGCAUCCACCCAGGAAGGUGGAGCUCAGCCUGCUGAAGUGCCCUGUAACCCUGGGAAGCCUGUAACAAUCACAUCUUCCAGCAGAGGCAGAGGAAAAUGUCCAGCUAAACCUCCGUCUCACAGGAGGCCUCCACCCCCAUCGUACACUCCUACACACACUCCUACACACACUCCUCCACAGAUCUCGUCAGGUGCAGUCAGUUCUGUAAGCGUUAGCAAAUCCAGCCCGUCACUACCACACCAAGCCAGUGAGGGUGAGCUGCUUCCUCUGCGUCCUCCUCCUAUCAAGUUGAGCAAAUCAGCAGGUUCCUCUGUGAAUCCUGCUAAAACCAAUCAGCACUCGGGUCCCAAGGGAGCAAAACGAGGACCACCGCUUCCCCCGAGACCAGUGCCUGGGCAUCCUCUUUACAGACAGUACACAAGCAAAAGCCCUCAAGGAACUAAUAAAGUAAACCCCCCUAGCAGUGAGCCUGAAGAAUCCCACCUACAGAAAGAGAAGCUUCUUGUUGUUCUCGACGAUGCAGCAACCAACCACCAACCAACAGACACACCAGGAUUCCCAGGAAGUGUGAAAGGUCAACAUCAGGACUCGUUGUUAGAAGAACCCUUGGAGGAGCAGACGGAGGAGCAGCAGCCCGAGACAAACAUCAGUGUCAGGUAUAGAGCCCACUUCGCGUUUAAUGGUGAAGACGGUGAGCUGACGUUUCGUGACGGAGAUGUCAUCACGUUAAUAGCGUAUGAGAAUGAGGAGUGGGGGCGUGGCAGCCUUAAUGGGCAAACAGGGAUUUUCCCUUUGAAUUUUGUCCAGCUCGUUCAGGAAAAUCCAGAAAAGAAACCGACAGCCGAGUCACACGCACCUGUAGUUCGUGUAUUAGAAGGACAGACGGGCCGAGCACUGUACGACUUCACUCCUGAGUCUGAAGAUGAACUCUGUCUCAAGGUCGGGGAUGUGGUGUCCUCCCUGGAGGAGGUGGAUGAUGAAUGGUUCGUAGGGGAACUCGCUGGCCGACGUGGCAUCGUCCCCAAAAAUUACAUCCAGGUGCUUUAAAAGUCGGUCAGGACUCAUACAGCUAAAAGUAUUUUCAUGCCAAAAGCACCAUGGGGUGUAUGUGUGUGUAUCCCAAUCGCCUCCGUCUACUUUUACUGAAACAAACUCCAACACAAUCAGAUGCACCACUGUAGUAAACACAAUACUGACUCAGUGAUUGAUUCUUAAUCCUUCUGUCCUGUUCUGUUCAUGUACAUGUUAUGUAACAUCUGUUUCUGCUGCCCAGCGGAACAGGGCUACGGCCUCACAGAGACCUGUGUUCUGAGAUCAUGCUUAAGGACUGGGUGAAGGGUGGAUACUAUAGUACUGACAAGCCCAGUCCUCGAAGGGAAAUUCUGAUUGGCGGACCAAAUGUUACUGUGCGUUGCUAUAAGAAUGAGGCAAAGAAUAAGGAAGACUUUUUUUUUCUUCCCGUGGACGUAAAUGGACAGCGUUGGUUCUGCACAGGAGACAUCGGCGGUUGUCUUAGUCAUUGAUCAUAAAAAGGACCUGGUGAAACUACAGGCGGGAGAGUAUGGGCGACCAGUCAUUUGUGAUGCCCAAUCCGAAGCAGCUGAUUGCUCUUGCCAGGCAGAAAUAAGUGCAAGGGGCAUGGGAAGAAAUUUGAAACCACCCUGAUAUGGAGAAGGAGGUGCUGUGCCAUUACUGAAGCUGCUGUAAAUGCCAAACGAAAGCGUUUUGAGAUCCCAAAGAUGAUCUGAGCCAUGGACUCCAGAGACAGGCCUGGUUACCAAUGCCUUUAAACUCAAAACCCACUAUCAGGCAUACAUUGAGAGGAUGUAUGAUGGCAAGUGAAAGAAGAAACGGUUAAACAGUCGCAGGAAUUGGUUUAAUUCAAACGAUUUAGGAUGACCACAAAGCCAAAAAUCAUAAUAUGAUUAUCCAGUCUGUCAUCCCCAAGCCAAGCACUGAUACCAUAGCGUUGUGUAACUGGACUGUGAAGAGGCCUAUAAUUUGACAGACUAACACUAUUAGAUUUUGUUUUUUAAAAGAUUUUAAUUUUAAUAAUUUAAUUUUUUUCUUUUUGGAUGCUUUUUGAUGUAGGUGACAUCUACUGUACUAAAUGACACUGUGAAUAGGUGAAUAGUGAUCACCCACUGAAACUCCUGUGUAGUCUGGAACUUUGCAUGAUCUGUGGGGGAAAUGACAUAAAGCCUUUACCCAAAAUAAAUCCAGAUGACUUACGAUAA